AUGGACACGCGGACAGCCACAGCAGAGCUCGGCUGGAUAUCGUUUCCUGCCAACGGGUGGGAGGAGGUGAGCGGCUAUGAUGAGAACCUCAACACUAUUAGGACGUACCAAGUCUGCAAUGUCUUCGAGCCCAGUCAAAACAACUGGCUCCUCACGACCUACAUUGAUCGCAGAGCGGCUCAGAGGAUAUACGUGGAGAUCCGCUUCACGGUGCGGGACUGCGCCUCCAUACCCAGCGUGCUCGGCUCUUGUAAGGAGACUUUUAACCUCUAUUACCUGGAGACGGACCGGACGGUGACUGAAGGCGUCAAAGGGGUGGAGUACUGGGCCAAUGCCCCGUUUCUCAAGGUGGACACUAUAGCCGCCGACGAGAGCUUCUCCCAGGUGGACUUUGGAGGGAGGAUGAUGAAGGUCAACACAGAAGUCAGAAGUUUUGGCCCCCUCUCAAAAGGCAAAGGCUUCCAUUUGGCCUUCCAGGACCUUGGAGCCUGUAUGUCGCUGCUGGCUGUCCGGGUCUUCUAUAAGAAAUGUCCCAGUGUGGUACAGAACUUUGCCUAUUUCCCUGAGACCCUCACUGGAGCUGAGUCCACCUCGUUAGUCAUUGCCAGAGGAAGUUGUAUCCCUAACGCAGAGGAGGUGGACGUGCCCAUAAAGCUGUACUGUAAUGGAGACGGAGAGUGGAUGGUCCCCAUUGGCAGCUGCAGCUGUAAGGCGGGGUACGAGCCAGACAAUGGCAACCUGUGUCGAGCUUGUCCUCAAGGCACCUUUAAGUCCAUGCAGGGGGCAGGAUUGUGCCAGCAGUGUCCCCUCUACAGCCGCUCCACCAUCGAGGCUGCGACUCUGUGCGGCUGCCGGAACGGAUACUACCGUGGAGACAUGGACCAUCCCCAGGACACCUGCACCAGCGUUCCCUCCGCUCCUCGAAACCUGGUGUCCAUAGUGAACCAGACGUCGGUGGUUUUGGAGUGGCAUCCUCCGCGGGACACUGGCCACAGAGAGGACCUGUCCUACAGCGUGAUCUGCAGGCGCUGCCAUAGCCCCGAGCGGAGGGCGUGUCAGCCGUGCGACGACAGCGUGGGUUUUGUGCCCGGGAAGAGAGGCCUGAGGGACACCCGCGUGGAGAUCAGCAAGCUGCGGGCACACACCUCCUACACUUUCGACGUCCAGGCCGUCAACGGAGUCUCCAACAAGAGCCCAUAUCCCGCCCAACAACUGUCAAUCAACAUUACGACCAAUCAGGCGGCCCCCUCGGUCGUUCCCAUCAUGCACCAGGUGAGCUCGACCAGCCGCAGCUUCUCGUUGUCAUGGCCACCGCCGGAACAGCCCAACGGCAUCAUCCUCGACUAUGAGAUACGCUAUUAUGACAAGGUGCAGUCUUCAGUGGUGAACAGCUCAGUGAUGCAGAGUGAGAUGACCGGUGUGGUCCUGGAGGGUCUGAAGCCUGGGACCGGUUAUGUAGUGCAGGUCAGAGCGCGCACAGUGGCCGGAUACGGAGCCUACAGCAAAGAGAUGCUCUUCCAAACACUAACUGACGAUGAGUACAAGUCUGAGCUCGGGCAGCAGCUGUCGCUCAUCGCUGGAUCUCUGGUCGGAGGAGUGUGCAUCGUGUCACUGGUCGCUAUCGUGAUCAUCUGUUCCAGGAGGAGUCAGAAGGAAAGUGUGUAUGGGGACAAGCUGCAGCAGUACAACUCUGGAGGAGAAGUGACAUUGAGGCCGGACAUGUUUAACGGCCCCACCCCCACGGUCACCUUCCCGACCUUAUCUGAGGGCCACAGCUCACCGGGGGUCAAGAUCUACAUCGACCCUUUCACCUACGAGGACCCCAACGAGGCUGUGCACGAGUUCGCCAAGGAGAUCGAUCCGUCCUGCGUCAAGAUAGAGGAGGUCAUCGGAUCAGGUCCUCAGAUCCUCAGAUCCUCAGGUCCUCAGAUCCUCAGGUCCUCAGUGUCCCCUGAGGGUGAAUUUGGAGAAGUAUACAAAGGAAGACUGAAGCCUCUGGGGAAAAAGGAAAUCCCUGUGGCCAUUAAAACAUUAAAGGUGGGAUACUCCGAGAGGCAGAGGCGGGACUUCCUGUCAGAGGCGUCCAUCAUGGGCCAGUUCGACCAACCCAACAUCAUCAGGCUCGAGGGCGUGGUCACCAAGAGCCGGCCGACCAUGAUCAUAACUGAGUUCAUGGAGAAUGGGGCACUGGACUCUUUUCUCAGGCAGAAUGAUGGGCAGUUCCCGGUGAUCCAGCUGGUUGGUAUGCUGAGGGGCAUCGCGUCUGGAAUGAGGUAUUUGGCCGAGAUGAGUUACGUUCACCGUGACCUGGCGGCGCGCAACAUCCUGGUCAACAGUAACCUGGUCUGCAAAGUGUCCGACUUCGGCCUCUCGCGGUAUCUGGAGGAAGACACCUCGGACCCCACGUACACGAGCUCUCUGGGUGGUAAAAUCCCGGUCAGAUGGACAGCUCCAGAGGCCAUCGCCUAUAGGAAGUUCACCUCGGCCUCGGACGUGUGGAGCUACGGCAUCGUCACAUGGGAGGUCAUGUCCUACGGAGAGAGACCCUACUGGGACAUGAGCAACCAGGAUUUCUCUGAUGUGUGUGCCCACGCCCCCCGCUGUGUGCAGGUGAUAAAUGCCAUAGAGCAGGACUUCCGGCUGCCUGCGCCCAUGGACUGCCCCGUGGUGCUGCACCAGCUGAUGCUGGACUGCUGGCAGAAGGACAGGAACGCACGGCCAAAGUUCCCCGAUAUCGUCAGCAUGUUGGACAAGAUGAUACGCAAUCCCGCCUCGCUCAAAACAGGCAUCAACAAUAUCCCUCCAGGGCCUUGUAUCCAUCCUUUGCUGGACCGCGGAGGACCAGACUUGAGCCGGGUGAGCUCUGUGGAGGACUGGCUCGCAGCACUCAAGAUGACCCAGUAUCGAGACUCCUUCCUGGGCUCGGGCUUCACCUCCCUGCCGCUUGUUACUCAGAUCACGGCCGAGGAUCUGCAGCGGAUCGGCGUGUUGCUGGCAGGACACCAGAAGAAGAUCCUGACCAGUGUUCAGUCCAUGCAGCCGCACCAGAGUGACCAGUCUCCCACUGAGUCCGUCUGA